AUUUAACGCGGUAAGAGGCUGUGGUAGUUAGUUUGAAGCUUGUGUAGUCCGAGUCAAAAUGUUAUUAAGACUUCCCGUAAAUUCCAAAUUAUUAAACUAUGCAUGUAUAAACCAAAAUAAACAAGAGAUAAAUUUCUGAUAACGCUGACUAAAUCCUCAUUGUGAUAACGUCUAGAUAACUCGUUGAUUACAUAGAAAAAUUAUUGUGGCAAUAGAGGGCGAAAGUGUAAGCGAAAAAAAUGGAUGAAAAAUGGACUUCUUUAAAACUGGUGUUUCUGCUUGCUUUUAUCACAAUCAUCCAAGGGCAAAAUGAAAAUAAUUACGAUAACUCUACCGGUUUAUGCAAUAAGUGCAAAUGCAUAUCAGGGUCUGACUUCAUAUUGGAUUGCUCAUAUCAGGGAUUUCAUCAUAUGAUAGAUGAUUGGCCGGAACAUAAAACAGACCUCAUAGCAACUUUUAGCUAUAAUAACAUUACUAACCUGGCAAUCUUACCAUACAGCGACUUGGUAAGAAAAGUUGUCUUAUCUCACUGUGGGAUUCGCACUCUGGCCAAUGGGGCUUUCAAGGAUAUACGUAUGACCACUUAUUUGGACUUGAGUUAUAAUUUUUUAACUGCUGAAGAAAUUGGGCCGGAAAACUUUAAAGGGCUCUACAACAAGACAGUUUACGAGCCCUUAAUGCUGGAACACUUGGAUCUUUCCUACAAUCAAAUUCACAGUUUACCCCAUAAUUUCUUCGAGCAUUUAUUGAGCUUGAGGGAGCUUAAUCUAGAAGGGAACAGGCUAAGAGUGCUGGAUCCACCCACGCAACUUGCUAUGGCCAGUUUAAAGAGUUUACAGGUCCUCAAUUUGGCUAAUAACGACCUCACCGAACUAGUGGGAGACGCCGUAAGGAACCUCAAAAACCUCCGGAUCCUCAAUCUGGCUGUGAACAAGUUGGACUUUGUGCCACAAACUUUAACGCUCCUCGGCGACCACUUGGAGGCCCUCUACCUCGACCAGAAUCCGAUUUUCGAAAUAACCGACGAGACCUUUUUGGGGGUGAAGGGGAUAAUAACUUUAUCUCUAACCAACAUGCCCAGGCUGCAGUACGUCAAGGCCAACUCAUUUACACCACUAAAGAAUUUGACAAUUCUAUUCAUGUCUGACAAUCCCAGUUUGACAGAUAUUGACAGAGAUGCUUUUGGACCAGGUCAGGCAUUAGAACAGUUGUAUUUACACAACAACUCUCUGCAAGACCUGCACUAUAACCUCACAAAAUGGUCCUCACUGCGUGUCUUCACCCUCACAGGGAACGAUCUGGUUUGCGAUUGUGAUUUAUACAAAAUAUCACUAGAUUUGUCGAAGGAUAUUAAAGAAAACAGAGACGGGCCUUAUUGUAUAAAUCCCUCAAACGACCAAAGCGAGUCCAUAUACGAGCUCGGACAGUUGGCAUGCGAGUAUGGGCCCUACACGCAUCCGAGCCACAGAAUGGAGCGUCAUUUUAGGAUUCUCAAGCUGGUUCUGGUGGUAACUGCCGGGGUAUUUACGAUAACCAGCUUGGUGGCUGUGGGGGUGCUUUAUUUGAGGUAUCGGAGGUAUAACAUGAAUAGAAACUAUCCGUUUGUCACACAAGUGAUGUAUAACCCUUUGAGGAACCCCAGUUCGAAUUUUAUGUAGUUUUAGGUUAAGUCACAGGAGGUUAUUGAAUAAACUUUAGAUGUAAGAUUAUUUAUAGUGUUAUUAAGCUGGAAAAAUUUGUAAUUUUUUAAUUAUUAAAAUAGUGUGAGGUUA